AUGGAAACCGCAGAGCCAGUCCCAUACGAAUUCCCCGGCCACCCAGUGGGCGCUCCUCGUCGAAUGAUGACCUCGACUCUAGGCCAGAACUUCUCCUUCUAUCCCAAUCAGACGUCCUUCCCGUUGCCCUUUCACCAGUCGUCUUCGGCGGGUUACGGCUACAACCAUGUCCUCAAUCACCAUCCCCACCCCCAUCACCAUCCUGGCUACCAACAGUUUUAUGUGCCAGGCCACCAGUCAGUCAAUUCUCAGCCGGCGCGCCUAUCGUCGGAACCGCCGCCCAUGCAGCCUAUCCUAGACAUCCGUCCGGCAAAGAACGCCGUCAAUCGAGUGGUCAGAGAUCCGUUGGUCAAACCUGAAGGAAACCCUAGCCCUCCCCGGAUUUCAAUAGUUCAGCCACCGACCAACGGAGCAGCAGCACGAGGCAAAAGCCCCGGCGCCACCGACAUCGAGUUCUCCACGGAGGUAGAUGUGCUGAUGAAGGCUAUUCAAGCGAAGAAUGGAGCGCCUUUGCCCAACGUGCAGUCAUUGCCCCCACUGCAGCAACUGACACACGGCGGUAUCAAUGGGCUCCCUCAGCCAUAUGCAGUCCCCCAACCGACGAACCCACGAUGCCUAACGAGGGUUGACGAGCCCACCCCUCGAUCAGGAAAGAAGCGUAAAUAUAUCUGCACGCUGCCAGAUUGUGGGAAAAGCUUUGCGCAAAAGACUCACCUGGACAUCCAUACGAGGGCGCACACCGGAGACAAGCCUUUUAUCUGCAAAGAGCCCUCUUGCGGACAGCGCUUCUCCCAACUAGGGAACUUGAAGACGCAUCAGCGACGGCACACGGGAGAAAAACCGUUCUCCUGCGAUAUCUGCCAGAAGCGGUUCGCCCAACGGGGCAAUGUUCGAGCCCACAAGAUCACUCAUGAGCGUGCCAAGCCGUUUACUUGCCUGCUAGAUGACUGUGGGAAGCAGUUCACCCAACUUGGGAAUCUCAAGUCCCAUCAGAAUAAGUUCCAUGCCGCCACAUUACGGGACUUGACCUUGAAGUUCUCCCAGUUAACAGGAACCGAACCGAUGACCGUACAAGACCGCAAGCUCUGGGAAUAUUUUGCCACCCUCUACAAGAACAGCAACAAGGGCAUCAAGGGUCGCGGAAAAGACCGCAGGAUUUCGCCCACGUCCAAAUCGGACCCCGGGUUCGAGAGUCGUAGGAGACUGGGUGACGGUCGAGACAAAACACGACGGUCCAGCUUUGAGGAGUCAUCCAAUUAUACCGGUGGCUCUAGCAGCGAUGAGGAGGAUGCAGAGGCCUAUUAUGUCGACAAAGAAGGUCAUUGA